AUGCACAUUAAAUCCAUCCAAUUGGAUGGCUUUAAAUCGUACCAGAAGCACACCGAAAUCGCCCCUUUCUCACCGCAAUUCAAUGCGAUCACAGGAUACAAUGGAAGUGGAAAGUCUAACGUUCUCGAUUCAAUUUGUUUUCUCCUUGGAAUCAGCAAACUGGACAACAUUCGAGCAAAGUCAAUGAACGAGUUGAUUUCCCAUGGAGGCUCGAAGGCAGUUGUGCAGAUUCGUUUCGACAACAGAGACAAAAAGCAAUCUCCGUUUGGAAUGGACCAUUUGGACGAGCUUGUAGUUCAAAGACACAUUACUGCGCUUCCGACCGGAAAAAGCUGUUACACCGGAUAUACGUUGAACGGACAUUCUGCAACCACCCAACGGAUGAUUGACUUCUUCCGUGGCGUCGGACUCAACGUCAACAACCCACAUUUCUUGAUCAUGCAAGGUCGCAUCACGACAGUAUUGAACAUGAAGCCAGAAGAAAUUCUCGGUAUGGUUGAAGAAGCAGCAGGAACCAAAAUGUAUGAUCAGAAAAGAAAAGAGGCCGAAAAGACUCUGUUUCUCAAGGAAGCAAAGCUCAAGGAGAUUGACCGAAUUUUCGAAGGAAGUAUCGAUCCGCGCAUGGAAAAAUUCCGGGAAGAUCGGAAGAACAUGGUGGAAGUGACACGUCUUGCAAAACUGAAAGAGAAUUCUCAACGGAAACUGGGAGCAUUUGAAUACCAUCAAUCUGUGGAGCUCAGCAAAAGAGAUAUGGAACACAUGGAAUUGGUAUCCAAUGAAGCCCAAGAGCUUAAUCAACGGAUUGAACAAGUGGUUGCUGAAAUCGGAAAAAAGGGAGACGAACAACAAAAUCUGAUUGCUCUUCGUGACAAUCCGGCAAUGGAAACUGAUUUAUCACUUGAAAACAAGACAAAACAGGAGAUUUCUCUUAAAUUGGAGCAGGAGAAAAGAGGAGUUGAGGAAGGAAUCGUCCGACUAAAAAGCGAAAUUGAGCGGACCAUUCGACGCAUUGAAAAUGAUGAAAAAGUUCUCGGCUCAAAGCAGGUUGAAUUGGAAAACAUCAAAAACGACAAAGGCGAAGAUAUUGACUCCCAUGAAGAGAAUAAAGCGCUUAUCACUAAACUCCGCGGUGAGCUCGAAGGAAUGUCAAGAGGAACCGUUACGAAUGACAAAGGAGAACACGUUUCUCUUGAAACAUAUAUCCAAGAAACUAGAGCACAAGCAGCAGAUUUGGACACCAAGGUCAAAACUGCGAAUAAUCGCCGAGAUCGUAUUCAAGCAAACCUCAACAGAGCAAUGGACAAACUCGCAAGUCUAGCUUCGAAAAGCGGAACAGAUCAAACUGCCCUCGCUGAACUUACUAAAGCCGUCGAAAAGAUCACUCAGCAAGUUCAAAGCCUCGGUUACAAUGCUGAUGAAGAUGUUCAACGUCGUGAGAGGGAACAAGAAAUUACUGACAGGAUUCAUCAAUUAAAGCGUGUCAAUGACAACAUUCUGAACAAUGUUUGUGGUGGUCGUUAUGCAAUGAAUUUUGUCGAUCCACCAGUUCCCUGGUUCAAUUACGAAAGAGAUGUUGAAGGCUUGGUCCUUCAUCUGAUUAGACUCAAACCUCAGUACAAGGAUUACGCCAUGGCGGUUGAUGUUGCUCUUUCAGGAGCGUACGAGAGCGAAAGAAGAAGAAGCUCUCUGUCUUUCUCUCCUCCCAUUGCCUCUUCCAGAGCUAUAAUUUACAGACCAAUGAUCGCCUCAGGCAGAGUUUUUGUCGUAGUCGUUGCCGUUGCCGUUUUUGAAGCGCUGAUGGAGAGAAAGGCACCGGCUGACAAUCACCAACCGACCGGCUGCGGUGCCCAGUACACCAACGUUGUAGUUCGCAACCAAGAUGUCGCCCGGGUCUUGAUUGAAAGCCAAUGUCUACCCGGACGUCGAACCUUGAUUCCAAUCUCAGAGAACCACCGAAACAACAGAUACACGAUCAUCAACGAUCAAUCACUUCAAAGAGCUCAAAGAGUUGCUGAGAAAUACCAUGAAAACGUAGUAAGACUUCUGGAUAUGAUUGAAUACCCGGAGUGCGUCGGCAAUACUUUCAAGGCCAUGUGUGGACAGAUUAUCGUGGUUGAUAGCUUGGAUUGUGCCAGAGAAGUCGCCUAUACAGACGGAGUAAAAUCACGAACUCUCACAAAGCGAGGUGACGACGUUAGACCUACAGGAGUGAUGUCCGGAGGAGUCAGUGAGCAUUCAAAAACGCCGAUUAUCAACGCGGUGUCUGGAAUCCAUAAACAGCUGGACGAAAUCAAGGCUUUGAGGGUGGAACUGACUGACAUCAGGAAAUACAUUUCUGCAACUGAAAGCAAACAUACAAAAUAUAAGGAGUUGAAUUCGAAGCUUCAGGAGUCUGAACGAAGAUUGGCUGUGUACCAGAGUAACAUGAAAACCUCGCAGGCAGGAAUGGUUCAACAGGACAUUGAUAAUCUCAAGAACGAAAUCGAACCAGUUGAUGCAGAGAUCGCAGAUGCUUCUCUAAAACUUGCAGCUCUUCAAAAGAAAAUCACCGAUCUUGAAUCAAAGAAGCAUAAUGACACGCAACUGAGGGAGAAACGGAAGGCCGAGAUUUGUAAACAGCUCAAAGAAAUCGAAGCUCGCACUGCAGCUAACAACGACAACGCUGCGAAAGCGAGGAGAGCGGUUCUUCAAAUACAAGCUGCCGUUGACGAGCUUCGCAACACUAUCAACAACGAGAAGACACAAUGUGAAAAGAAACAAGAGGAACUUCGCGAGUUGGAAGAAAGCCUGCCUGCAGCUGAGGCAGCGUAUGAGGCAGCGUCUAAGGAGCAUAAGGAAGUUUCAGCAAAGUUGCACGCUCUGAAAACUGAGCAACGAACGAUCGUAGAUCGUCUUGCAAAAGUUGCUAAAGAUAUAACUAUGAUGCGCAAAGAGGAGGCUAAGCUUAAAAGCAAGAUCGAAGACAAAGAAAAAGAAGUCGUACGAUUGAAGGAGUCUGAGCUUGCACAUAAAAAGUUUGCUGCCUCACUGCUCAAGAAAUGCGAAUGGCUAGUUGAUGAGCAAGCUCAUUUCAAUAAGAAGGGAGGUAUUUACGAUUUCGAUGGGUACACAGCCAACAAAGGAAAUACUGAAGUAAAAGAAUAUACUGAAAAGAUUGAAAAACUUGAAAGAUCUCUCUGCAUGAAGAACGUGUCUAAUUUGGAUACAUGUGAAGCAAAAGUCAUGGACAUCAAAAACAAGCGAGCAAAACUAACGGAAGACUUCAACAUUUUGAAGAAAACAAUCGCCGUCCUCGACAGAAAGAAAACGGACGAGAUACAUAGAGCGCAUGAGUCUGUCAAUGCGGACUUUGGAAAGAUUUUCCACUGCUUGCUUCCUGAUGCCUCAGCGGAACUUGUUCCACCAGAAGGCAAAACUGUCUGCGAUGGUCUCGAAGUUAAGGUUGCUUUCAACGGUGUCGUGAAGGACAGCCUUCAUGAGCUCUCCGGAGGACAACGCUCUCUUGUUGCACUCUCCUUGAUCUUGGCCAUGCUAAAAUUCAAGCCAGCACCUCUGUAUAUUCUUGACGAGGUGGAUGCUGCUCUUGAUCUGUCCCACACUGCUAACAUUGGUAAAAUGAUCAAAGCUCACUUCAGAGACAGUCAGUUCAUCAUUGUAUCCUUGAAACAAGGAAUGUUCUCCAACGCCGAUGCUCUGUUCCAAACUCACUUCGCUGACGGUCACUCUUCAUGCACUCUUAUGUCAGGAGCGGAACUGAAAAAGCUCCAAACUGAUAAGAAGUUGGCCGCUCAAGCUACCGAAGUGGCUGAAGCCGAGAAAGAAGCAACAAAGAAACCAUCUAAGAAAUCGGCCAAGAAAGCAGUUCAGAACACUGAUGAUGAGAUGGAGUAA